UUUAAUACACAUUGACACAGCGCUUUUGUGAUUGAGGGAUCAGUUCAACGUCGCUGGUCGACAUGAAAAAAACAGUUGUGAAAACUAAGUAUGGACGUAUUCGGGGCUCGAUUCAAAAGAGUAUCGAGGGUUAUAAGUACUAUGCCUUCAAAGGAGUCCCAUAUGCGAAACCACCAAUUGGUGAUUUACGAUUUAAGGAUCCAGUCCCGGCAGAAAAAUGGCAAGGUAUUCGAGAUGCACUAGAAUGCGGGCCAAUGUGCGCUCAACAUGAAAUAGUAGCAAAUAUCACAGGUGGUUCAGAAGAUUGUCUGUAUCUUAAUGUAUAUACAAAGUCUAUUGAACCAAAUAUCCGUCGACCAGUUAUGGUAUGGAUUCAUGGAGGUGGAUUUAUUUUUGGAUCAGGCAAUGAUGUAUUUUAUGGACCUGACUAUUUCAUGAAAAAAGACAUAGUUUUGGUGACUAUCAAUUACCGUCUUGGAGUACUUGGAUUUCUAAAUUUACAAGAUGAAGUAGCCUCGGGAAAUCAAGGUUUAAAAGAUCAAAUAAUGGCGUUACGAUGGGUACGCGACAACAUUGCCAACUUUGGCGGAGAUCCCGAGAACGUUACAAUUUUUGGUGAAAGUGCAGGAGGUGCUUCUGUUCAUUAUUUAACUGUUUCACCUUUAGCUAAAGGUUUAUUUCACAAAGCCAUUUCACAGAGCGGAAGUAUAUUUAAUCCUUGGGCAUCAAUACAUGGAGAUCCUAAGCUGGCUGUUUAUAAACUAUGUGAGCUGCUGGGUAAAAAGACUACAAAUCAUAAAGAAAUAGUUCAGUUUUUACGGACAAUCGACACUAUGAGUUUAAUUGAAGCGCAAGGAAAAAUUAUGUCAGAAGAUGUACAGAAGAAGACCUGUCCAUUAUUUGGCCCGGCAGUAGAUAACAAAUCUUCGAAUCCUUUCCUACCUGUGCCCUUCAAUAUGGCUGCUCAAAAAGGUGCACACGUUCCCUAUAUGAUUGGAUACACUGAUCGCGAGGGAACAUUUUUCCACAAGAUUGCUGAAAAGUCAUAUGAUUAUGAAACUAGAGAUAAGAAUUUCGCAGAAUUUUUACAUCCUAAUUGUGUAGAAAUGUUGAAACAUCAUGAUCUAACUGAAAAUGAUUUGAAAAAAAUUUAUUUUAAAAGUGAACGAAUAACUCAAGAAAGAUCUGAAAAGCUAAUAGAUAUGCUUAGUGAUCUUAUGAUAGUUCACGGAGUGCAAAAAGCAAUUAAAAUCCAAGCAGAGCAUAAUUCAGCACCUACCUAUAUGUACCAAUUCACCUAUGACAAAGGCUAUAAUUUUACGAAGUCCAUGUUUAAUUCCGAUGUUUCGGGCGCUACGCAUAUGGACGACUUACUCUAUCAAUUCUCUAUCAAAGUCUAUGAUAAGUUGAAAUUAGAACCUUUUAAAAAAGAUUCAAAAAACUACAGAGUAAUGGAACAAAUGAUUGAACUGUGGACUAACUUUGCUAAAUACGGGAGACCCACGCCUACCGUUUCGAAACUUGUACCUAUCUAUUGGCAACCCGUCAUAGAUGGUACGGUUUUACGAUAUCUGAAUAUAGGCGAAGAACUGCGGAUGGAAAAAAUGUUAAACAUCGAAGAACGUUUUUCUAACUAUAAAAAUACAGCUAGAAUGCUUUAAUAAACCAUUCUGGUAAAACUGUUUUAUCAUAUAUACCGAUUGAAUAAAAUAUCUAUAUCCUUAUAUCAAUUUAUUUACAUAAUAAAGCUGAAUUAUGAAAAUACUCUUGUUUAAUACAAAUUAUCAACUUACAUCUUAUUAUGUGUUCAAAUAAAUAUUCAUAAACACUAUGCGUACACAUACUUGUACAUCGACUACAACAAAUAUAGUCUGAACAAAAUUAAUUUGUUACCAUUUCACUUUUAGAUUUUAAAUUAACAAUAGAUCAAACAUUAUUUACAAGCUCACAUAGCAACAUAUCUAUUUCAUAUUAUUUUUACUUGAGGGCUCAAACUACUAAAUAGUAUCGAAUUCAGUAACUGAAAUUUCAUGUGCAUUGAGACGAAUUAUUAUAUUACUAUCAUUAAUCACAAUAUUUUUUAACUA